AUGGCGCCUAAUAGGAGUUGGAUGUCACGAAGGCAAGAUUGCACUGGUCAUCUAAGCGAGGAAUUUAAGAAAGGUGUUGUAGAAUUCGUAGAUUUUGUAGAAAGAAACCCGACAGUCAUUGAUAGUUUAGGUCGCAUUCUUUGUCCAUGCACAAAAUGUAAGAACAGGAUUAGGGAUGAAAUAUUUUGGGUCGAAAAGCAUUUGUGUGAUCGUGGGUUUUUGGAGGGUUAUACAAACUGGACUGCUCAUGGUGAGGAAAGAUGGGUUGAACAUGAUGCAACAAAUGUUACCCAAGAACAUGAGGAAGAGAAUACAAACCCAUAUGUAGACAUGGUUAUUGAUGCUGCAGGUGAUAACUUAAAUGUAAUGGAAGGUUUAGAAGAGGAUCCAAAUCCAUUAGCGUCGAAGUUUUAUAAGUUGCUGAGGAGUGCUGACGAACCUUUGUGGGAUGGCUGCACCAAGCAUACAAUAUUGUCAGCUGUAACCCAGCUAGUGAACUUAAAAUCAGAAUUCAACAUGAGUGAGAGCUGUUAUAAUCGAAUGGUUGCCAUAAUCAAGAGCAUGCUCCCAGAAUCAGAGAAGUUGCCAGAAGAUUUUUACCGGUCAAAGACAAUGAUUCAAGAAUUAGGAUUAGGAUAUGAGAAAAUUGAUGCUUGUCCUAAUCAUUGCAUGCUAUAUUAUAAAGAAACAAGUGACAAGACUAGUUAUGCAGCUUGCACAAUGUGUGGACACCCACGAUUUAAGCCAAAGGCAGGGGAUACAAUUAAUAGUAGUAGGUGUGUGCCAUACUCAAUAUUGAGAUAUUUUUCUAUUACUCCAAGGUUUCAACGUUUGUUUAUGUCUAAAAAUAAUGCACAAUAUAUGAAGUGGCAUGUGGAUGGAGUACGCCACGAUGAAUCGGUUAUCACACAUCCGGCUGAUGCUGAUGCUUGGAAACAAUUUGAUGCCACCCAUGAAGUAUUUGCCCAAGAAUCUAGAAAUGUUAGGCUUGGACUUUGCACUGAUGGUUUUAAUCCAUUUUCUGGCUCGAAGACUCCAUACUCAUGUUGGCCUGUGUUUGUCACACCUUACAAUCUUCCUCCAAGUAUGUGCAUGAGAAGAGAGUACAUAUUCCUUAGUCUUUUGAUCCCUGGACCGAAGUCUCCCGGAAAAAGAUUAGAUGUUUAUCUUAGACCGCUGAUUGACGAGUUAAAGGUUUUGUGGGACAAUGGUGUUACUACUUAUGAUGCAUGGCAAAAGAAAAAUUUUAACAUGAAGGCAGCAUUAUUGUGGACUAUAAGCGAUUUUCUGGCUUAUGGAAUGUUAUCUGGUUGGAGCACUCACGGUCGACUUUCUUGUCCGAUUUGCAUGAAGAACACUAAAUCAUUUCGACUACAACACGGUGCUAAACUCUGCUGGUUUGAUUGUCAUCGACAGUACUUGCCUGCUGGUCAUGCAUUUCGUCGUGAUCGGUACUCUUUUAAAAAGUCAAUCGUGGAAAACUCUUUUCCACCGAAACGAAUGAGUGGAGUUGACAUCUUAAAUGAGUUGGACAAACUCGAGGAAGCUAACUUUGGGGCUAAUUCGAGAGGAAAAAAGGGUGACUUUGGUACCAUUCAUAAUUGGGUGAGAAAAAGUAUAUUUUGGGAGUUGCCUUAUUGGUCAACUAAUUUGAUAAGACACAAUUUAGACAUUAUGCAUAUUGAAAAAAAUAUUUUUGACAACAUCUUUAACACUGUUAUGGACGUAAAUGGCAAGACAAAAGACAACGCGAAUGCAAGAGAAGAUUUGAAGCUAAUAUGCAAGUGCCCUAACUUGGAGUUGGUAUUCGAGAAUGGAAAGUACAAAAAACCAAAAUCCACAUAUGUCUUAGAUUCUCAACAAAGGAGGAUAGUAUGUGAGUGGAUAAAGCAAUUAAAAUUUUCUGAUGGUUAUGCAUCAAAUAUUUCACGAUGUGUUAAUCUAGCGGAUGGGAAGAUAUAUGGAAUGAAGAGUCACGACAGUCAUGUUUUCAUGGAAAGACUAAUACCGUUGGCAUUUCGAGACGUGUUGCCAAAAUCCAUAUAG